CAAUCCUUUCCUCCGGUUUCCUGCUAGCUCGUACGGAGUUUCUAUUCGGUGCUCAGUCUGCUUGCAUUUCUGAGGGGCCUGAUUCCGGUCCUCAUACACUCGAUCGUUAUGAUCAUCUCUCCCCCAAUAAUUAAAUGCCUCCACGGAUAAGCGGCCCCGAUAUUAUCGGGCACUCACUCAAUGCAUCCAAGUAUCCUUCCAUAAUCGUACAAAGGCUUCAGGGGCCUUGAGCAUUUGGAAGCUCACCACGUGUAUUGAGCGCCCAAAGAUCUCUCUCCUCCAUCCACUUGUCAACAUCGAUCAUGUCACUGCGACAAGGUCUCAGGCAAAAGAUCGAUGAGAUCCUCGCAGCGGGAGGCGAUAUGGCGAUACCAAUUCUCACAGCCGUCAACGCUGCGGCUGAUAUGUUCCCUCCUCUAAAGAGCGCGACCAACGGCGCACUAUUUAUCAUCAGCGAGGUUCAAAAGUUCAAGGAGAAUAAGAAAGAAUGGGAGGAUUUUGGGAGAUAUGUUGUGGACAACGUGGCCGAAGUAGUUGCAGCCAUUAAGUCCUAUGAUCCGUCAACGGAAGAGGCAAAGCCAUGGGUGGAGAGCGCUGAAAAGCUUGAUCGUGCGCUACAGAGGAUCAAGUCCGAAAUAGAACAAAGACGCACAAAAAUAAAGAAACGGUCAGCUUUAAUCAAUGCAUUGUCCCACUUGAGAGAUCCGGGAAGGAUUGAUUCCCUAAAGAAGGAUCUUGACAAAGCAUUGGCGUCGUUUCAGCUUAGAACGAAUUUAACGGUUGGAGUGAAAUUGUCGGUCAUCGAAGAUGACUUGAUUCUUGGCAGACUCCGAUACCCUGAUGUCGCGCACCAUGACUCAACUCAGACGUGCCUAGAAGGCACUAGGCUCGGUCUUACGGAGCAGAUCAUGGCCUGGUGCCACGACACUAGGGACAGCGGGAACCGUGUCAUGCUACUCACUGCUGUGGCCGGUGCUGGGAAGACUUCGAUUGCGCACACGAUUGCGGAACGAUGCGCAAGGGAGCGUUCCCUAUUGCUAAGCUUCUUUUUUAAGGCUGGCGAACAGUCGCGGCCUGAUUGUCUGUUCAGCGGGAUGGCUCGAGCGUUAGCAAAGCGCGAUCAGGCUUAUCGCUCCUCCAUUAUCUCUGCUCUUCAGGAUGAUCCUACACUCUCAACAGCACCUUUCGCGAUGCAAUUCAGGAGAUUGGUGGCUCCACCCCUCCUGCAUAAGCCUCCACUUUCCGACCGUCCUAUGGUGGUCAUCAUCGAUGCUUUAGAUGAAUGUGACGAAGAAGCAUUUGAGUCCCUUGCGAAUAUUCUUCGGGAAGAAGUGCCCAAAUUACCGUCCUGCAUAAAAUUCUUCAUCACAUCAAGACAAUUCGAUCUUGUCAAUCGCUUCCUCUCAUCCCAUUUCCCUAUCGAUCGUCUUUCCAUUGAUCUCUUGGAUGACGCAAACGUGCAGGACUGCGCUACAUACAUACGUUCCCAGCUGCAAACGCUGAAGAAUUGUCAUCCCGAUACGCAGCAUAAGCUUGAGGACGAGAAAACGGUGGAGGGAAUCUUGGAACGAGCAGGUGGCCUGUUUAUUUGGAUCAGUACCAUUUUUCGCUACAUGAGGAAGGCCAGCAAGGACCCUAUGAGGACGCUGGAGGGGCUGCUUGGCACAGGGGCAAAGGGAUCGACGGUUUCUGCUGAGGGAAUGAUGGAUCGGUUGUAUUCAAGCAUUCUAAAAAAGUGCGGUUGGGAAGAUGAAGAUUUUGGGCACGACUAUCCGGUUGUGAUGGGGGCAAUCUUCGUUGCACAACAGCCUCUGUCUGUUGCAGCUUGGGAUGCAAUUUUGUCACCGUUCUUGAAGUCGUCAGUUCGAUAUACGUUGGCUGAACUUGCGCCUCUCCUGUCAGGACUUGAGGAUCCUGACAAUCCGAUUCGCAUCUUACACCAAUCUUUCCGCGACUUUAUUCUAGAACGGAUCGAUCCCCGAUUAAUCAGCCUUCGUUGCAGUCCAGUAGAUGUUGGACGGGAGAAUGCGAGAAUUGCCCUCCGAUGUACUGAGAUUCUGAAUGAGGAUCUCUCCUCUUUAGAGGGCCUUGGACUGAUUGAGGACUUGUACGAAAAAGAUGAGCUGCCGCGCAUUCCCCCAGAGAAGUUAUCCAAGCACUUGCAUUACGCAUGUCGCUACAUAGUUUAUCACCUCAGUGGAGUCCAGGAACAGUCGCAGGGGCUCGAUAAAUCAGUUCGCACAUUUUUGAGUCAGCAAGCCACUCGCUGGAUGGAAGUCUGCGUGAGAAUGGAAGGCUACAUCAGUAUCUCGAUACUCCCAGAGUGGGCUGAGUUGGUGGUUGACCAAAGGUCAAAGGAUGCUAUCUGCAUGCUGGCCAAUGUGCUUUUCCAGCUCGGCUUGAACCUGGAAUUUUUUUCAAGAUUCAGGGAGGCAUAUGAAGCAGCAAAGGAUUCAGUUGUACUCUGCCGUUGCCUUGUUUCCGUGGACUCAGAGUCCUACACCCCGGAAUUGGCCUGGUCACUCAGCGCUUUAUAUUCAGCUCUUUCCAAUCUCGGGCGGCACUCGGAAGCGCUCCCAUUCAUUGAAGAAACCGUCAAACUCCAGCGCGAGCUAGUUGCUGUUCACCCAGGAUCAUACACCCCAGAUUUGGCUGCGUCACUCAACAGUCUGUGUAAUGCUCUUUCGGAUCUCGGACAGCACUCAGGGGCGCUCCCAUUCAUCGAGGAAAGCGUCAAACUCCGGCGCGAGUUGGUUGCCAUUCACCCAGGAUUGUACAACGCAGAUUUGGCUCAGUCACUCCACACUCUAUGUGCCACUCUUUUGCAUCUCGGACGGCACUCGGAGGCGCUCCCAUUUGUCGAGGAAAGCGUCAAACUCCGGCGCGAACUAGUUGCCGUUCACCCAGGAUCAUAUGACGCAGGUUUGGCUUUGUCACUCAACAAUCUAUUUGUCUCUCUUUCAAGACUUGGACAGCACUCGGAGGCACACCCAUUCAUCGAGGAAAGUGUCAAACUUCGGCGCAAGUCAGUUGCCCUUCACCCAGGAUCAUACAACCCAGAUUUGGCUUCGUCACUCAACAAUCUAGUUGUCUCUCUUUCGAACCUCGGACGACACUCGGAGGCCCUCCCACUCAUUGAGGAAUGCAUCGAACUCCGGCGCGAGUUAGUUGCCAUCCACCCAGGAUCAUACACCCCAGAUUUGGCUUGGUCACUCAGCAACCUAUAUGCCGCUCUUUCGAAUCUCGGACGGCACUCAGAGGCACUCCCAUUCAUUGAGGAAAGCGUCAAACUCCAGCGCGAGCUAGUUGCCAUUCACCCAGAAUCAUACAACGCAGGUUUGGCGUGGUCGCUCAAGAACCUAUAUAGCGCUCUUUCGGAUCUCGGACAGCACUCGGAGGCACUCCCAUUCAUCGAGGAAUGCGUCAAACUCUACCGCGAGCUGGCUGCCAUUAACCCAGGAUUACACACCUCCAAUUUGGAUAGGUCACUCAAUACACUACGCACUGCUCGUUCUGACCUUGGAUGUGAUUCCGAGCCACUAAUUUGAACAACCUGGGACCUUGGACCUUCCCAUUUCUCGUUUCCUACACAGCCCAGUUGGGUGCUCAGUUUGGGAAUACUGGGGGAUUGACAUUGAUUUUUGGUUUGGAACUAUUGAUGAAACGUUUAUGGGUUUUCUUGGUUAUUCCGCUCACAACUAAUCAUGAUCGUAACUUGAUAAUUACAAGAACACUCGUUUGUACCCCUAUUGUCCAUGUAUCCAUGCACCACUGCACGCAAUGAAGCCGAGACUUGGAAUAUGGGGUGGGUACUAUCCCAACACC